AGGACGCAACGGGGGAAACGAGAACACCACUAACUCCUCAACAUCGGAUAGUAAAACUAGGCCAGGAUAGGAAUGGAACAUGGGAACUCUUUUAUCCGCCUUAAAAAAUGCUCCUGCCAAUGACACACAAAACUAUCACUAAAAGCCCUUAUCUACAUGAAAAUCAAAUCCGAACGAAUUUCCAGCUGAUGUCUAGAACAUUUCCAAAAUUCCUCCUAAAGUCUAGAACAUUUCCAAAAUUCCUUAUAUUGGGUCAUUCUACAACAAGUCGUUCGGAAGGUAACAGGAACCACUUAAUCAAAGAAUUCAAACCGAACUACUACUACAAAAUUCUUAUAACCCAUAGAGGUCUGAAAAUGGUAAUUAACAAGCAACCUCCAAGUCUUCAAGAUUAGAAGUCUUAACUCAUGGUUGACCUUUGAAACAAAAGAGAUAUUGGUGUAAUGGUGUUCCCGGCCGGGUGACACGCAUGCAGGCCGAGAGAAAGAAGAGAGAGGAGGAGAGAAGACGACGAGUGCAUGUCUGCAUGCGCACGCGGGCACACCUCCUACAAUUUAGGACGAGAGGCCAUGUCGCCUGAGCAUGCACCGCCAUUGCCGGUGCACCGCUCUCCGGGGCCUCCUCCCGCUUAAGUAACUCUCCACUCCCUCCUUUGACGCAUUCCCCCUCUUCCUCCGCUGCGCCCCCACCGACCAAUUAACCGGAGGCCGGCCGGGCGCCCGUUCCCGCUAAGCUAAGUUGCACGCGCGUACCAAAUUAGCAGCCACAUUGCCUCUGCUCCAUUAGUAAAUUUCCUCUGUUUCGCGCGCGGUGGUCUGUCUCAGUCGAUCGUCCAUCGCCGCCGUCGCCGCCGCCGGGGCAAAAGAUGGCGGGGGCCGUGAUCGUCCACCACCACGCCCGCUACAAGACUUACCCCGGCGAGGUCACCGGCUUCGUCUUCUUCGCCUGCCUCAUCGCCUCCGUCGGCGGCUGCAUCUUCGGCUACGACAUCGGCCUCACCGCCGGGCUGACGUCGACGGAGUCAUUCCUGAUCCUCUUCUUCCCGGACAUCUACCGGCAGCAAAAGGAGCAGGUGAUCAAGAACCAGUACUGCAAGUUCGACAGCCAGGAACUCUCCCUCUUCGGCUCCUCCCUCUUCCUCUCCGCGGCCGCCGCCUCCCUCUUCGCGUCCCCGAUGGCGCGCUCCUUCGGCCGCAAGUGGACGCUCUUCUCCGCCGCCACCGCCUACAUCCUCGGCGCCUUCCUGGGCGGCGUCUCCACAACCUUCCCCGUCCUCCUAACGGGCCGGAUCCUCCUGGGCGUCGGCGUGGGCCUCUGCAUCCACGCCUCCCCGCUCUACAUCUCCGAGAUGGCCCCGGCCCAGCACCGCGGCAUGCUCAACAUCCUCUUCCAGUUCAUGAUCACCGUCGGCAUCCUCUCCGCCAGCCUCACCAACUACUGGACGGGGAAGUUCAUCGGCGGCUGGGGCUGGCGCGUGGGGCUCGCCUUCGCGGCCGUCCCGGGCUCCGUGAUCGCCCUCGGCUCCCUCGCCAUCCCCGACACUCCCGCAUCCCUCCUCCUCCGCGGCGAAUCCGAGGCGGCGCGGCUCACCCUGCAGCAGAUCCGGGGGAUCGGGAUCGACGAAGUGAAGCAGGAGUUCGACGACCUCGUGGCCGCCGCCGAGGAGAGCAAGGCCGUGACGAAGCCAUGGCGGGAGCUCCUGUUCGGGGGCAAGUACAAGCCGCAGCUCACCUUCGCGCUGGCGAUCCCCUUCUUCCAGCAGCUGACGGGGAUCAACGUGAUCAUGUUCUACGCGCCCGUGCUGUUCAAGACCAUGGGGUUCCGGCAGGACGCGUCCAUCGUCUCCUCCGUCAUCACGGGGCUCGUCAACGUCUUCUCCACCUUCGUGGCCACCAUGACGGCCGACAAGGUGGGCCGCAGGGCCCUGUUCCUGCAGGGCGGGACCCAGAUGAUCAUCUCCCAGAUCCUCGUGGGCACAUUCAUCGGGCUCCAGUUCGGGCUCAGCGGGACGGGGGCCAUCUCGGAGCAGUACGCCAUGUGCAUCGUGCUCUUCGUCUGCGUCUACGUCGCGGGCUUCGCCUGGUCCUGGGGGCCCAUGGGCUGGCUCAUUCCCAGCGAGGUGUACCCGCUGGCGGUCCGGUCGCAGGCCCAGAGCAUCACGGUCGCCGUCAACAUGGUCUUCACGGCAUUCAUCGGGCAGAUCUUCCUGACGCUGCUGUGCCACCUCCGGUUCGGGCUCUUCUACUUCUUUGGUGCCUGGGUGCUGCUCAUGACGCUCUUCAUCGCCGUGCUGCUGCCGGAGACCAAGUGCGUGCCGCUCGAGGAGGUGGCGCACGUCUGGAGGAAGCACUGGUUCUGGAGGGAGUUCAUGGUCGACACCAGCGCCGACGCACGCGGCGCCGAGAUGAGGAAGAGGAUAGCGCUAGAGAUGAGCUGAUCGUCGGUCCCAUCCAUACAUACAUACAUACAUACAUUGAUCCUCCCCCCAGUCAGCUGGAAGACAUAGCUAGAAUGCAGGAUUCAUUGGUGUCAUAGCAUACACGUCUUGUAAUUGUUUACCGUUUGUUUCAUGUGUCAACUUGUCAGCAAGUUCUUGUAAUUAAUUCUUGUAUUUACCGGAACAGAAAUUUUAUAAUCAGUACUGCCCCUCA